GGCCAGCUAGAUCGAAGGCGGGACCAGGGAGGGCCUGGGCGCUGGGUGAGCAGGCUGUGCCGCGGGCAGCCCGGGAGAAGGCCGGCAAGAUGGCAGCCUCCUGGAGGCUGGGCAGUGACCCGGCGCUGCUACGAUGCCUGCUGGGCUUCGGCGGCCGGCGGAGCUCGGCGUUGCUUAAGAGGACUGCUAGGUGGUCUGUCGGCCGCGAAGUUAAUUGGAGAUGGUUUCACGGCACGCGGUGGCUGCGGGUUGAUCCUAUCAAGAUACUAAUGCCAUCACUGUCUCCUACAAUGGAAGAAGGAAACAUUGUAAAAUGGCUGAAAAAGGAAGGUGAAGCUGUGAGUGCGGGGGAUGCAUUAUGUGAAAUUGAGACUGACAAAGCUGUGGUUACCUUAGAUGCAAGUGAUGAUGGCAUCUUGGCCAAAAUUGUGGUUGAAGAAGGAACUAAAAACAUACGGCUUGGCUCACUAAUUGGUUUGAUUGUUGAAGAAGGAGUAGAUUGGAAACAUGUUGAAAUUCCCAAAGAUGUGGGUCCUCCACCACCAGCUGCAAAACCCUCUGUGCCUCCCCCCUCCCCAGUUCCACAGACUUCCAUGCCUGUCAAGAGGGUACACACGCCAGGAUCCCUGCAGAUGCGGUUAAGUCCGGCUGCCCGCAAUAUUCUGGAGAAAUAUGCACUGGAAGCUACCCAGGGCACAGCGACUGGGCCUCGGGGAAUAUUCACUAAAGAAGAUGCUCUCAAACUGGUCCAGUUGAAACAGAUGGGCAAGAUCCCUGACUCCAGACCAGCCCCAGCUCCUUCAGCCACUCCAGCAGCACCUCUGCCCCCACAGGCCACAGCUGCACCCUCGUAUCCCCGGCCCAUGAUCCCACCAGUCUCCACUCCUGGACAGCCCAAUGCAGCGGGCACAUUCACUGAAAUCCCUGCAAGCAAUAUUCGAAGAGUUAUUGCUAAGAGAUUAACUGAAUCUAAAAGUACUGUACCUCAUGCGUAUGCUACUGCUGACUGUGACCUUGGAGCUGUUCUAAAAGUUAGACAAGAUCUCGUCAAAGAUGACAUCAAAGUAUCAGUAAAUGAUUUUAUCAUCAAGGCAGCAGCUGUUACUCUUAAACAAAUGCCAGAUGUUAAUGUAAGCUGGGAUGGAGAAGGUGCAAAGCAGCUGCCAACUAUUGACAUUUCCGUGGCUGUGGCAACAGAUAAAGGUUUAAUAACACCAAUCAUAAAAGAUGCUGCUGCUAAGGGCAUACAGGAAAUUGCCAGUUCUGUCAAGGCACUCUCCAAGAAGGCGAGGGAUGGCAAGUUGUUACCUGAAGAAUACCAAGGAGGAUCUUUUAGUAUUUCCAACUUGGGAAUGUUUGGCAUCGAUGAGUUCACUGCCGUCAUCAACCCCCCGCAAGCCUGCAUCCUGGCAGUUGGGAGGUUCCGGCCUGUCCUGAAGCUGGCUGAGGACGAAGAGGGAAACGCCACACUGCGGCAGCACCAGCUCAUCACAGUCACAAUGUCAAGUGACAGCCGAGUGGUCGACGAUGAGCUGGCCACCAGGUUUCUGGAAAGUUUUAAAGCAAACCUAGAGAAUCCUAUCCGACUCACCUAGUCCUCACAGAUAGGGACUGGGUCUAUUCAAUCAGUGGAAUAGCUGUUACGAGGAGGCAUGCUCUACAGGAGAGCAGUUAGGUAUUUAAAGUGUGAAGUGAGAUAAGUGUUUAUAUAAAGUGAAGACAUCUGACCCAAGUUGUCUUUGUUUACAAUUUGGGCCUAUUGUUAGAGAAAUAAAUAAUGAGAAGCUGUAAUAGAAGAGACCAUUAGCAAGAUCCAUUUUUAACUUCUGGUGCUGUACAAAAGGGACAUAAAACUAGCUGUAAAUUAAAUUAUGUUUGGCUGCUUUGAGCAUUUCAGGAUAUUUGAAAAUAUAUAAUACAUUGUAAAAUGAGAACAUUGGUAAAACUCUUAGUUGUGUUGAAGUUAAACAUGAUCUUCAGUGGGAGGCCCAUUGUUUUAGCAGUGGGGCCUUUCUGUUAACAAGCACUGCGGUAGCUAUACUUGAACAUUUUAACUUGUACAGAAGUUUAUUCUGAAUAAUAGCAAAUAAUGAUUACAUUAAAUGAGGGGUUGUGGCAACAUUACUGAAUCUUUUGUGUAUGUAAAGCCAUAUGUUUUAAAGUAGUUUCGAAUAGUCUUAUUUUCCACCCUGUAACACUGUGAACUUCUGAAGAGGAGGAAAAGAAGAAGCAAAAAUGAAGAGAGAGACGAAGGAAGUUAUUUAAUUCAACAAGAAGCUAUGGCUAAUAUAUCUAAACCUUCACAGAAAAACUCACUUCUAUGCCAAGUUGAAAUAUAUUUGGAUAAACUCUGGUAUCUCCUAAGUAACAUUCUAAGAUAGUGUUGGUUUCAGCACACAUGUUGUUUCUCAGUGCAUUUUAAUCCAGUUUGUACUGUGCAAUAAAGUGUAAGAAAACAUAGAAAUUUCUAUUGUAUUUGAAAUCUUACGACAUGUAACCUGAAAGAUUAGUAGUUUCUCUGAAACAUCUUGAAAGAGAUGCUUUACAGGAGGAAAUUUAAAAAAACAAACAAUCUGACAUUAGAAAACUGGCUGAUAGAAAGGUAAAAACUGAGAAGAGUGGAAGAGUUAGAAUCAACAGAACUUAGAGGAAAUGCUCUUGAUUCUGUCGAUACUAUGCAGACUUCCCUCAUUGCUAUACAGACUAGAACGCUUUGUCUUUAACCACUCUGCACUAACUGGUAGAAUAACUUUAUUUAAAUUAAAUGGUAAUGAAUGAUAAUAUUACUAGCCUCAAUCACAGAAAGAUACAUGUCAGUGUUGGUUGACAUGAAUCACUGGAAGAAAGACCAUCUGAUCCAAAUUGUAUCAGAUCUAACAACAUGAGCUAUGAAGCCUAACCAAAGAGCCUUCUGCAAUAGUGCUGCUAAGAAAUGCUUCAUCCGGUUACUCAGUUUUAUAGCCACUUUUUAGAAAUAGUCUUUAACACCUUUGUCAUAUGAACAGUUAUACUGGAAAUUAUAACUAAAUGCUGUUUUAAAAAUAACUUUUGUGUUUUUGUAUUCUCAAAGUCAGUUGUAAUUGUAUUUAGUUGAGUGUUUUCGAAUUUUUAUAUCUGAAGAAUAGAGCAGGAGAAAGCCAUGAGUCAGCCUCAGCUUGGAGUUCUGUGUCCUGUGGACUGGUCAUAUAGUGAACAGGCACUGGAAUCUGUUAGAGCCCGCAACAAACUCAACUCCAUGGGAAAAACACUACACAGAUUUCUGACAUGUUAAUUCAUCCUAGACAUACCCAGACUUUUAAGCUAUUAUGGGCUUCUCGUGGUUUGACUUCUUAGCUUUCAGGAAAAAUGCGUAUUCAUUUAGGCUAAAUAUAUUUUGUCUACUAUUUCUUUAUUGAUGAGGUUUAUAGAGAAAAAGUUAUUGUUUCUAAAGAGAAUGCUGUUGCCAUUCGCUUUGUGGUGCAGUGGGUUAAAAUGCCACUUGUAGUGCACACAAACAUAUUAGAGUGCCACUUCAGAGUCUGAGCCCUGGUACCUCCACUUGGAACCCAUGCUUCCUCCUGAUGCACCUGAAAAGGCAGCAGAGGAUGACCCAAGCACUUGCCCCGGCUAAGUUCCUGGC